UUUUCCCCCUUUCCCCCCUCCCCUUCCUCAACUCCUCUUCUGGCUAGAAGAAGUGCGCGUUCCUCGGAGCCGACCCCGACAGUGACAGGAGAGGGUAUACGAUCCCAUUGAAGUUCAAGAAGACAUUUCCAACAAGUCCAGGAGGCCAGUUUGGAGAAGUGCAAGAGAUUUUGUUCUUUUUUUUUUUUUCCUCUCUUUUUUUCCCCCCUUGGAAAGAAGAUAUUUGUAAAGCGACCACCAGCCACUCUGCGGCCAGCGACAGCGGACCCCCCCACCUCUCUCUCUCCGAUUUUACCUCGAGGUGGGUCUUUUGGCUUCUCCUUGGCUUCUUGCAAACAGCACCAAAAAGCAGCACAGCAGAAACAGCAAAAUAAAGAAGAAGAAGAAGAAGAAGAAGAAGAAGAAGAAGAAGAAGAAGAAAGAGAAGGAGGAGAAGGAGAAGGAGAAGAAGAAGAAGGGAAGGAAAAGAGGGCAAGAGAGGAAGGGGAAAAAAAACAAACCAAAACACCAACCGGGGCAGAGGAGGAGCGCGGCGGCGGCGGCGGCGGCGGCAGCAGCAGCAGCAGCGGCAGCGGCAGCGGCAGCAGCGGCGGCUCGGACCCCCUCCCCCGGUUCCCCCCCAUCGGUGCAGCUCUCCGGGCGAUGCCAGAAUAGAUGCCGGGGCAAUGUCCCGCCGCAAACAGGGCAACCCGCAGCACUUAUCCCAGAGGGAGCUCAUCACCCCAGAGGUCGAGCAUGUGGAGACCAGCAUCCUGGAGGAAGAUGAGGGGCUGGAGAUAGAGGAGCCCGCGGGCCUGGGGCUCAUGGUAGGCGGCCCCGAGCCAGACCUGCUGACGUGUGGCCAGUGCCAGAUGAAUUUCCCCCUGGGCGACAUUCUGGUAUUCAUCGAGCACAAGAAAAAGCAGUGUGGGGCCGGGCUGGGUCCCUGCUACGAUAAAGGCCUGGACAAAGGCAGCCCCCCACCCUCUUCACGCCCUGAGCUCAGGAGAGUAUCCGAACCCGUGGAGAUCGGAAUCCAGGUCACCCCUGACGAAGAUGACCACCUGCUCUUGCCCACUAAAGGCAUCUGCCCCAAGCAAGAGAACCCUGCAGGGCCGUGUAGGCCUGCCCAGCUGCCCGCGAUGGUCCCCAUAACUGCCUCCUCCCACCCUCACACAUCCGUCAUCUCUUCUCCUCUGCGUGCCCUGGGGGCCCUGCAGCCCUGCUUCCCUCUGGCCUGCUGCAGUGCGCGCCCUGGGGACGGGCCGCAGGGUGAGGGUCAGACGGAGGCCCCCUUUGGAUGUCAGUGUCAGUUGUCAGGUAAAGAUGAGCCUUCCAGCUACAUUUGCACAACAUGCAAACAGCCCUUCACCAGCGCGUGGUUCCUGCUGCAGCACGCGCAGAACACGCACGGUUUCCGCAUCUACCUGGAGCCCGGCCCGGCCAGCAGUUCGCUCACGCCGCGCCUCACCAUCCCGCCGCCCCUGGGGCCCGAGGCCGUGGCCCAGUCCCCGCUCAUGAAUUUUCUGGGGGACAGCAACCCCUUCAACCUGCUGCGUAUGACGGGGCCCAUCCUGCGGGACCACCCGGGCUUCGGCGAGGGCCGCCUACCCGGCACCCCGCCCCUGUUCAGCCCUCCGCCCCGGCACCACCUAGACCCGCACCGCCUCAGUGCCGAGGAGAUGGGGCUCGUCGCCCAGCACCCCAGUGCCUUCGACCGAGUCAUGCGCCUGAACCCCAUGGCCAUCGACUCCCCCGCCAUGGACUUCUCGAGGCGGCUGCGUGAGCUGGCGGGCAACAGCUCCACACCGCCGCCCGUGUCCCCGGGGCGCGGGAACCCUAUGCACCGGCUCCUGAACCCUUUCCAGCCUAGCCCGAAGUCCCCGUUCCUGAGCACCCCGCCUCUGCCACCCAUGCCCCCGGGGGGCACGCCGCCGCCGCAGCCCCCGGCCAAGAGCAAGUCGUGCGAGUUCUGCGGCAAGACCUUUAAGUUCCAGAGCAAUCUCAUCGUGCACCGGCGAAGCCACACGGGCGAGAAGCCCUACAAGUGCCAGCUGUGCGACCACGCGUGCUCGCAGGCGAGCAAGCUCAAGCGUCACAUGAAGACGCACAUGCACAAGGCCGGCUCGCUGGCCGGCCGCUCGGACGACGGGCUGUCGGCCGCCAGCUCCCCGGAGCCCGGCACCAGCGAGCUGACCGGAGAAGACGCGCUCAAGGCGGCCGACGGGGACUUUCGGCAUCACCACGAGAGCGACCCAUCGCUGGGCCCCGAGCCCGAGGAGGAGGACGAGGAGGAGGAGGAGGAAGAGGAAGAGCUGUUGCUGGAGAACGAGAGCCGUCCGGAGUCUAGCUUCAGCAUGGACUCGGAGCUGAGCCGCAACCGGGAGAACGGAGGAGGCGGUGUCGGGGGCAUCGGAGGCGGCGGCGGCGGUGGCGGCGUGGCCCUGGCCGACGAGAAGGCCCUGGUGCUGGGGAAAGUCAUGGAAAACGUGGGUCUGGGCGCGCUGCCCCCGUAUGGAGAGCUGCUGGCCGACAAGCAGAAGCGCACGGCCUUCUUGAAGCGCUCCGUGGGUGACCCCGGAGGCGACGACGAGGACGAUGCGGGCGGCUGCGGGGAUGCGGGUCCUGGGGGUGCAGUCAAUGGGCGCGGGGGUGGCUUCGGCCCUGGCACCGAGCCCUUCCCGGGUCUCUUCCCACGCAAACCACCACCCCUGCCCAGCCCGGGGCUGAACAGCGCGGCCAAGCGCAUCAAGGUGGAGAAGGACCUGGAGCUGCCACCCGCCGCGCUCAUUCCCUCGGAGAACGUCUACUCGCAAUGGCUCGUGGGCUACGCCGCCUCGCGCCACUUCAUGAAGGACCCGUUCCUGGGCUUCACGGAUGCGCGCCAGUCGCCAUUCGCCACGUCGUCCGAGCACUCGUCGGAGAACGGCAGCCUGCGCUUCUCCACGCCGCCCGGAGACCUGCUGGACGGCGGGUUGUCGGGGCGCAGCGGCACAGCGAGCGGGGGCAGCACGCCGCAUCUGGGUGGCCCCGGGCCUGGGAGGCCAAGCUCCAAGGAGGGUCGCCGCAGUGACACGUGUGAAUACUGCGGCAAAGUGUUCAAGAACUGCAGCAACCUGACCGUGCACCGACGGAGCCACACGGGCGAGCGGCCUUACAAGUGCGAGCUGUGCAAUUAUGCGUGCGCGCAGAGCAGCAAGCUCACGCGCCACAUGAAGACACACGGGCAGAUUGGCAAGGAGGUAUACCGCUGUGACAUCUGCCAGAUGCCCUUCAGCGUCUACAGCACCCUGGAGAAGCAUAUGAAAAAGUGGCACGGUGAGCACUUGCUGACUAGCGACGUGAAAAUCGAGCAGGCCGACCGCAGCUAAGUGUGUGCCCUGUGUGUGUGUGUGUGCCCUGCGUGCGCCCUACCCGGCCUGCGCGCCCAGCCCCGUAACCAUGGACCCUUGCCAAUGGAGAGAAUGCUGACCUGAUAUUUACUGGCCUCCUCCUCCUCUUCCUCUUUCUCUGCCCAACUUCCUCCCCCCCACCACCACCACACACACCUCCUCCAUCUCAACGCCACUUAGCACCCCACGUAUCCCGGCACCCAGGCCAGGCAGAGACCCUCUGUUGAAAACCUGAUCUGCAAAAGUCCUUUGGAAAACUGAGGGUGGAUUAAGGCAGUAAAAAGGAAAAAAAAAAAAAAAAAAAAAAAAAAAAGGGAAAAAAAAAGAAAAAAAAUAUUGUGGAGCCUUUUAACUGUGCAAUAAUUUCUGUAUUUAUUGGGUUUUGUAAAUUUUUUUUUUUUUGGCAUGUGCAGGUACUUUUUCUUCUAUCGGUUCUAAUUCCUUUGAAAAGAUUUUGUUGGGUAGCCAUCCCUUUAUUAUUAUUAUAAUUAUAAUAAUUAUUUUUUUGGAAACCCUGUAGUAACCUGAGCAGUGACUCGCAAGCAAU